AUGGGGAGUCGAUUGCAGCAAGCGCUGAGGAGCUUUUGUUUCAACUGUGGUUGGAAAUAUGCAGUUUUCUGGAAGCUCAGGCAUCGAACGAGGAUGAUGAUAACUUGGGAGGAUGCUUAUUAUGAUGGGAACCAAUCUGAAAAGAAGUGUUUCAGUCCUGCAGCAGGAAGCUCAAUUGAGGGUCCUUACUCACACGAUCUUCUCGGAUUAGUUGUGGCAAAGAUGUCUUAUGAAGUAUAUUCACUUGGGGAAGGGGUUGUUGGAAAGGUAGCAGUUUCUGGAAAGCAUUCAUGGAUAUUUUCAGAUGAGCUCGAUUCUUUCUCCUCGUCUGAGUACUCUGAUGGGUGGCAAAUUCAGUUUCAAGCUGGCAUUCAGACCAUUGUAGUUGUGGAUGUCAUUCCACAUGGAGUCGUACAACUAGGCUCUUUGCACAAAAUGUCUGAGGAUGUGAAGCUUGUAGACCACAUCAGAAAUGUUAUUUCUGGCAUACAAGAUUCUUUACCCGAUUGUAUUCCCAGUUCAAUAAAAAAUAACACCGAAAGUUCUUGUCUGUCAGAUACAUGCACGAAAAUCCCAGAUUCAACUUUUCACGAUUCCAUUGUCAAAACAAAAGGGUCUCUUCAUGAGGAUGAAGUGAACUUGUGGUUAUCUCAGUUAUUUUCACCUCUUGGGGAAUCUGUUAAUCAAUCUCAUCAUGCUUUCCCUCAAAUCGGGGACUUCUCAUAUAAAACUCUUGAAAACAACAUUCAAGAAAGAGCCGAGCCUUCAAUGCCUGGAAAUGAUAUUUCACCUUUCGGAUUUUGUGCUGGGUAUGAACUAUACGAAGCAUUAGGACCUUCCUUCCAAGGGCAAAGAAAUGACUCUAUUCGGGAGGCCAGAAAAACGGGUCCCCCCGACAUGGCUGUUGAUAUUUCAGAGGGAAUAAGCGGUAGUUGCAGUUUGCUAACAACAGGUAACUCCGAUGGGAACCUUCUAGAAGCAGUGGUGGCCAGAGCAAGCAGUCAAAAAGGGUAUCGAACAGAAAGCGAGAGGUCAUGUCUUGAAUCCCUCGUGACCUUUGACAGAACACCCUGCAAUAGUUUGGGCACUAUUGGCUCGUUUGAACGGGACACAUCGUGUAGCUUGAACUCGGUUAAACCGAAUAGAAAAAGGGCCAGGCCCGGUGAGAGUACUAGGCCAAGGCCAAGGGACAGGCAGUUGAUCCAAGACCGGAUAAAGGAACUGAGGGAACUCGUGCCCAGUGGAUCUAAGUGCAGUAUAGAUUCACUUCUUGAGCGGACUAUUAAGCACAUGAUGUUUUUGCAAAGUGUAACGAAACAUGCAGAUAAACUGAACAAGUGCUCGGUGUCAAAGUUGCUUGCGAAGGAAACAGGCAUCCGUAGAUUCUCCUGUCGUGAUCAGGGCUCAAGCUGGGCUGUCGAAUUGGGAAACAGCCACAAGGUCUGCCCUAUAAUAGUGGAAAAUAUAAAUAUGAACGGGCAAAUGCUUGUAGAGAUGUUGAGCCAAGAGAGUGGUCAGUUUUUAGAAACUGCAGAGGCUCUCAGAAGCUUAGGCCUGAACAUACUGAAAGGCGUGUCUGAAGAAGCCUAUGGAGAUCAGAUAUGGAUGUACUUCAUAGUCGAGGGGGAGAAUAACCGAAGCAUGCACCGGAUGGAUGUGUUAUGGUCUCUUAUGCAGCUUUUGCAACCGAAAUCCGCUAAUUGA